AUGGAAGAUACUGAUAAAAGCCAAUUUGAUUUAACGAAUAAGUUAUGUUCUUACUUAGAUCCGCACAUGAUUCAGAUCAUUUUAAUGUGGUUGAAGGAAAAUAAGAUACAUGAUGAAGCAGAAAUAGAUAAUAACUUAAAUUUACUAAAUGAUAGUUGUGAAAAAGAAGUUAUAAGUAUUGAAAAUGAAUUUACGAAUGGUAAUAGAGGAGUAAUUUCUAAUUGUUUAGAUAGUUUAGAAGUAGAAAUAGAAGAGUUUCAACAAGUAAUGAAUGAUUAUAAAAAUGAUCAAAUGAAUAAAAUAGGAGGAAGUGUUGAAAAGAAAAGUAUAGCUAGUUUACGUGAAUGGAGUAAUUUAAAUAUUUCAGAAAAAAAUAAAACAUACACUUUCUCAGAUAAUAUUGAUGACAAAAUUUUAAAAUUAAGUAGAUAUUAUUAUCAAAAAAAAGAUUAUCAAAAAAGUAAACAGCACUUAUUAUUAUAUAUUUUAAAUAUAUCUGAGAUAGUUAUAAAUAUUUCAGAUUCUCCUAAAAUGCGUACUUGUUAUUGGGGUAUAAUUAGUAACAUCAUAAAUAGUUUUUUUCAACAUAUAAAUAAUGAUGAAUAUUUAUUUUGUAAAAAUGAAGAAGAUAAAGUAAUUAUUAAUGAAGAUAUUAUAAAUGAAAUAAAUGUUUGUGUAGAAACUAUUAUAAAAUUAAGUCAUUUGCUGAAUAAAGAAAAAGUAACAAAAAAUGAAAUUAUUUUACAAAGAAGCUGGUUAAUUCAUUGGUCAUUAAUUUUAAUUUUUCAUUUUUUUAUGUAUGUCAUUUAUGUUAAAAAUAUAUAUCCUAAAAAUAAUUCUUUUUCUAUGCUGCAAGAUUGGUUUAUUGAUGAAAAAAAUUUAUCUAUUUUGAAUUUAAUAUGCCCCCAUAUUAUUAGAUAUUAUUGUGUUUAUGCGAUAUUUAAUAGAAAUAGAAAGGAUCAUUUUGAACUUAUUUUGAAUACUUUAAAUUUUUUAAAAUCAAAAUACACAGAUUCCUUUACAUCUUUACUUAUAUCUAUAUUUAUUGAUUAUGAUUUUAAUAUGGCUCAAAAAUGUAUAUCUGAAAUUGGUUCCUUAUGUGAUAAGGAUAUUUUCUUAUUUAAAUUAAAACCAUAUAUUGAAGAACAAAGUCGUUUUAUAAUAUUUGAAACAUAUUGCCGUAUACAUAAGUCUAUCAAUAUUGAUAUGAUAGCUAAUAAAGUAAACUUAUCUAGAGAUGAUGCAGAAAAAUGGAUAGUAAAUCUUAUAAGAAAUGCUAAAUUAGAUGCAAAAAUUGAUAGUGAAAAAAAUUGUAUAGAAAUAUCAACAACACCACCAAAUUUAUAUCAACAGGUUAUUGAUAAAACGCAAAACUUGAUCAUGAGAUCAAAUUUUCUUGUGCAGCUCUUAAAUAGAUCAUCCUCAGAUGAACAUUUUCAAAAAAAUAUUAGAUUCAAAAAUAAGAAUGAAAAAAAUAAAAAUACGAAAAGAAACAAACAAUUUAAUCCAAUGUAUAACAUGAAUAACCUGAUAUCAACCGAUAUAUAG